GCGGCAAGUGCGGGCCUUGGCGGACGAAGGCGCGGCAUUUUUUUCCCUGUUUGGCGGGCCGUCGAGGCCGCCUCGUGCGGGGAACCCCGGCCACGGCGGCCCAGAUUGCGAUAAGGCAAAAGACAACAAGCGAGAAAACCUGUCCCGGUAUGUUUAUCCCAAGCGGCGCUGUCGCAACUCCGCCACUGCGCGCACUGACGUGUGGUGGCCUGCUUCGAUUGCUGCUCCUCGGAGGCGAGGCCGCCAGUCGCAGCUGGGCGAACUGUCGGACGCGCUGCACGUCUCCCGGCUCCGACCAGGCACAGCAACACUGCGCGGCGGCGAACAUGUCGACCGGAAGGGCAUCCGACUACAGCGUCCACUCGGCGCACAUUGCCGAGGUGCACGACAUUCCCAUGAACGUCCUCAUCAGGCCGCUAACCCCUGUCCUGGACGAGGCCAAGGUGACCAGCCUGAUGGAAACGCUCAAGGAUCCGGCCCAGCGGGACUCGGUGCCGCCCAUCGACGUGCUCUGGAUCACAGGCCGCCAGGGCGGUGACUACUACUACUCGUUCGGCGGCUGCCACCGCUACGAGGCGCACCGGCGGCUCGGCCUGCCCACGGCCAAGGCCAAGCUGUUCCGCUCCACCGUCAGGGACCUGCAGUCGUAUCUGGGCGCCUCCACGCCCGACCUCAAGUGAUGGACCCGUGGACCUUGGCUUCCAACGAAUGAAGAAAGGCCAUAGCGUUUUCCUCUGACGUCGAUGCGGCCAGACACGAACGCGUAAAACCGUCCAAAAGCGCGUGCUGGCAUCCCGCGUCGCGAGUUGCGGUUUUCUCUUGUAUAUCAUGCGAUGUGACAGGUCUGCCGUGGCAAAUUUCGCACGCUAACAACGUUGCCGGAAUUUCUUUUUAUAAUGAAAAGAGCUUAAUACUUGGUCGUUGAUAUUGUUAUGUUCGUUCUUCUGCACGUGGCGCUUACAUUAUAUGGAAUAUUUCAUGUUCUUCAUGUGAACCCCUCCUUCUUUCGUGUCCAUAUCAUGCCGCUGUGGCGUGGGGCUUUGUGUUUGGCGAAUGUUACGACAUUGUGUUCCAUCAAAAUCUUUUAUUCUUUUUAUUGACGUGCACAUUUUAUUGCUCUUGCCAACCCUACCGCAUGUCGCGUUCUUUUAUAUAUAAUUACUGUAUUCGUAUAGUAAUAAUAAAUUUUAUCAAACUUUUCUUGAA